AGGCUGUGGAGAACUACAGACUAGAGAUGGAAAAACAAAAGACGCUGGACUUAGAGAAAAUUAAAGAAAAGUUACUGCAGGAGCACGUUCAGGAAAUGAACAAAGUCAUCCGCGACUGCGCCGAGGCCAACUCCCAACUAAAGACCAACCGCGACUACCUACAGAGGUACGGGGACGCCGCCCUGCUAGAGGCUCUACAGGCUAAAGACGAUGAACUACACAUACUGCAGCAGUCUAUGACACAGUGGAGGGCGGAGAUUGAGGAGAAGUUGCACACAAAGCUUCAGCUACAGAUGGCCAAGGAAAGAGAAAAGUACCAAGCCCUCCAGCACCACGCCACACGGGAACAAAAACGAAUCAGCGACUUGCAGAAGCGAGAAAUCGAACGUCUUGAGAAGGAGGUCCAGCAUCUGGCUAUGACUCCCAAUAAUGCGUCCCUCCCACCACGCCCGCCCCCUCACACUGCCCAAAUCUCCAUCAGCGCCACUGCCUCCGUCCCAUCCUCCCCUACCCCGAGUUCAAACCUCAAAUCAUCCCAGCAAUAUCUUCAGACUCCAACAUCGAAUCUGAAGCCCUACACUCAUUGCACCCCAACUUCGAACCUCAAAACCUCCAGCCAGUACCCUCAGACUUCGAACCUGAAGUCUUCGACCUCGUAUCCACAGACUUCGAACCUGAAGUCUUCGACUCAGUAUCCUCAGACUUCGAACCUGAAGUCUUCGACUCAGUAUCCUCAGACUUCGAACCUGAAGUCUUCGACUCAGUACCCUCAGACUUCGAACCUUAAGUCCUCCCAGCAGUACCUCCAGAAUCGGAUCCAGCAGUUGCAGGAAGAGAACUCCUCCCUCCGCAAACAGAGACUUCUGGCAUCGAGUCACCUUAACCUUUCCACACCCAACCUGGCUAGCACUAAAUCUAUAUCAACCCCCGACCGCAGUCGUUCCCCUACACGGGACCCUAAAGUGAUGCUACGGCUAGGGGAGAGAAUCCGUCAAGGGGAGAAAGACGCUCUCAAGGCUGAAGAGUCAGCCAAGCUGAACCAGAAGAUCUUGAACAACAAGAUGAAGGAGAUGGCCAAGCUACAGAACACGUUAAUCAAUCAAAACCAGGAACUCCAGGAAUUAGAAAGAGCUUACAACGACUUACACAAGCACUACAACAGCCGACCCUGUUCCCCUACAAGGAACAUCAACUCAAGAUCAAGUUCCCCUACAAGGAACCUCAAUUCCCGCCCCAGUUCCCCAGCAAGAAAUCUCAGUUCCACUGCCUAA